AUCGCUACCCAAAGAACCUCAGCAGUCAAGCGGAGCGGAAGGAAAUAGUCGUGUGGAAGCACGUAUUCUAUGUUCAGCUCUGUUCUGCAGCAAUUAUGACCAGACCUGGUCAAGAUGAAGAAGAGAGAUUUCUGGACAGCUGUUGUUGUUGUGUCGAUCAUUUACAUCGGCCUGAGUUUCUGGAUCUACUUUAGACUCGAAUCUCAACUGUCACGAGCAGUCAGUCUGAAGAAACAGGAAGAGAAGUGCCCCAGAGCCUACUCCCCCCGCCACGCCCACUUCUCUGGGAACACAGCAGCAGUGAGGCAGAUCUCAACAACAUGGCCGACCUGCCAAGCCAAACUGACAGCUGAUCAACAUGGAGUUGAUAUUCAGAUGGAGAGGGAAUGGGCGUUUAUCAAGGUGGCGUACCCCAAGUUCAUCCUUACUGUGAGUGGGUGGGUGCCGGAUCUCCAGGUACCCUACUACACAGUCAAGGGAGGGGACAGACCCCUGCAUGUUAUAGUGGUGCCCCACUCACACCAGGACCCAGGAUGGUUAAGUACCUUUAGUCAGUAUUACGACUCCUACACUAAGGGAACUCUGGACAAUGCUGUAGAACAACUGACCAAGAAUCCAACAUGGAAGUUUAUUUGGGCUGAGAUGAUAUUUCUGGCAAAAUGGUGGGAAACUGCAUCUCAGGAAACCAAGGACAAGUUUCUGAAAUUGGUGUCAGAGGGACGUCUUGAGAUUGUGACAGCAGGCUGGGUAAUGAGUGAUGAAGGGAAUGUGCAUUAUGAAGCCAUGCUUGACCAACUUAUUGAAGGACAACAGUGGCUGAACUCAAACAUAGGUGUCGAGGCCAAGACUGGCUGGUCUGUAGAUCAGUUUGGUUACUCCCCAACAAUGACAUACCUAAUGAAGAACACAGGAAUAGAGAAUCUGGUCAUACAGCGAGUCCACUACUCCAUCAAGAAGCAUCUGGCAGCAACACGGAACCUAGAGUUUAACUGGAGACAAGCAUGGGCCUCGGAUGUGGAGAAUGACUUGUUCUGCCACGUGAUGCCUUUCCUCAGCUACAGCAUCAUGUACUCGUGUGGCCCGGAGCCCCAUGUGUGCUGCAAGUUUGACUUCCAGAAGGACAAGUGUCUGCGUGGCAAGAAGACCAUCAAGCCUGAGGUUGUAACAGAGAAGAAUGUGGAAAAGCUAUCAUGGGAACUCUGGGAGCAGCUACAGAAGAAAGCUCACCUGUACAAGAGCAACGUGCUGCUGGUGCCCCAUGGCGACGACUUCCGUUACUUCUCUGAAUCAGAGUGGACCAAACAGUUGACCAACCUGGAGAAAAUAUUCACAUUCAUGAACAGCAAGAGUGAUUUCCAUAUAAAGAUAGAGUUCGGGACACUGCGUGACUAUUUCACAGCAUUGGAGAAGGAUAAGCCUCACUUCACGGACAAGUCCCCUUUCCCGUCUCUCAGUGGCGACUUCUUCCCCUACACUGACCGCAGUGACCAGUACUGGUCGGGUUACUUCACAUCCCGACCCUUGUACAAGCACAUCACGCGUGUCCUUCAGGCCAAAGUCAGGUUACUUGAUAUAUGGUACACCCUGUGUUACGCCCGUGCCAUGAGGAGGCAGAAGACAGCAGUGGUGUCAUUUCUCCGUGAGAGGUUCCCCAUCGUUGUGUCCGUCAGGAGAGCCAACGGUCACUUCCAGCACCAUGAUGCCAUCACUGGGACAUCAUCAUCAUCGGUCACUAAGGAUUAUGCAAAUAUUUUACUGUAUGCCAUGGAAAAAGCUGAUGCCGUCAUCGGUGCCAUCACCACCAUCUUCAUGACGGACGGACCGCUGGAGGAGGGAGGCAUCACUUCACACAUCACGCCGAUUGAGGAAUGGAAACACUUUGAUGAACCUCUCAUGAGAAAUGCCUUCAAUGUUGAUGAGAAGAGGACUGUUAUCAUCAGUAAUCCUCUCACCACACGUCGCAGAGAGGUUGUGCGGAUUACAACGCUGUCCCCCCGAUGUUGUAUCUUGGUGGCCUUCAUGGUAGACUUGCCCCCGCUCUCCAUGAAGACAUUUUAUCUCACACCAUCCAAGAAUGCUGAAAGAUCAUUUGCUAGAGUUUCAGCAUUCAACACCAACUUUGCAGAGGACUUUAAGAAAACUCGAUUCCGCAUCAGUACUGGUCAGCACCCAAGAGUGCUUGAGCUGGACAAUGGCUAUUACAGGCUGUCUUUUUCUCCAUGCACUGGCUUCCUGCAGCAUGUCCACAGGAAGGUUGAUGACUGGAUGUAUGAGGUGCAGUUGAAAAUGAUGACAUACGAUACAGGAUCCUGGUUCAAGGACAAGAGUGGAGCCUACACGUUCCAGCCCAAUGGACCAGCAACAGAGUUGGACAUAGAGUACCCUGAGAUGAUGAUGGUGGAUGGUCCAGUGAUGUCUGCAGUGUAUACAUCUGUGUCAGGAAUACUACACUCUGCCACAGUGUUCAAGGUGGAAGGUUCCACUGUUGCCGGCCUUCACCUUGAGAACCUGGUAAACCUGAACAGUGAGCACUGGGACAACAAGGAGCUGGUGAUGAGGCUGGACUCCAGCAUCUACAACAGGGAACACUCCAUCUGCACCGACCUCAAUGGCUUCCAGAUGCACCGGAAGCAGUACCAGUCGAAGCUGACGAUGCAGGGUAACUUCCAUCCUCUCAGCACUGCAGCCUACAUAGAGGACAGCCUAGGGUCCCGCCUCACCCUCCUGACCACGGAGACACACGGGGUGGCCAACCUAGAGCCAGGCUGGCUGGAGGUGGUGUUGGACCGCCGCCGCCUCAUGCAGGGGGACUGGCGCGGACUGAAUGAGGGGGUCAAGAACAACAUGCCCACCCCUAGUCACUUUGUUCUAAUGCUGGAGAAGUCACGCAGGAAGCUGGAUGCAGGGCCACCAGUGCCUGCCUGCUUCCUCUCCCCCACCAGCCACCUUCUGUCCCAGUCUCUACUCCACCCCCUCUCUGUGGGUGUGGUCAAGACAGGGGGAGAUGCACUAGGUACCAGGUACUUGCCCCAGCUGUCUCUAGUCAAUAAGUCUCUACCUCCAGCCCUGGGGCUGGUCAACCUGCGUACACUCGGGGUGAAUGACACCCAGGCAGUGACAAGUUUGCUUAUAGUCCACCGUGCAGGGUUGGACUGUGAUGUCACGGAGACCCUAGAAGAUGAGCAGAAUAUGCAGGAAUCUCCAAAUUUAAAGCUUUUUGAAGAUGUGAAUAUCGUUAGUGCCUUGGAAACCAACUUGAAUGGAUUGAAGAUCAAGAAGAAAAUGUCAUCAUAUGAGAUGAACGUGCCACCCAUGGAACUGAGAACAUUUAAAUUGUCAUUAGGAUAAGUCCAUUAUUCAAAGGUGUGAUAUAACUGUGAUAUCUUCUGAUUAUGCGUAUAUCAGUGGUACAUUUGGGACCAUCUGUUAUUGAUUAUAUAUGUAAAAAAUAUAUUUAUUGAAAUACAGAGGGAAAAUAGUCUGUGGAUGUACAAAAAAGUAUUUAACUCUAAAAGUAUCUUACUAAGAACCCCCUAGAAUAUUAAUAGUUGCUUCCUCAGGUUAUUCUCACAGUUACAGGCAAACCACAUUCACCCCAUCUGUGAUCUCCACUCUGUGAUUUUCAAUUGUCAUAUUUAAAGACUACAAUUUGUUGUUCAUGUCAGACUGAUUCAUUUUUCAAGCGUUUACAAACAAACCGCUUCAGAAAAGUAAAUAACACAAAAAUGACGCUAUUUAAAUGAACAUAAAAUUUUUUUCAAUUAUGAUCCUUUUUAAUCUGUAUUGUUAAGAUAAUAGAAAAUAUGAAAUUACUUUUGUCAGGCUGAAUUAUUUUUAAUCUUAUUAGUAUUGAUUACAAGUCGUUUCAAUGAUUGUCUACUUUUGAAGACAGUUGUAUCUCAUGUCAAAACAUAUCAUGUUUUCAUUUAUUUUGGAGAUGUUACUGUUUGAUAACAGUUAUAUUAUACAAGUGCUUGAUAUGUUUUGAAAUACUUGUGUACAAUAGAAACAGUGACUCACUGAGUAAUGUGUUUGUUAUAUCACAAAGCUACUCUCUGUAUGAAGAUUAGUACAAGGUUUAAGAUCCUAUGUUAUUUGUAUGAUAAAGUAAUUCCUGUUCUUGUUCUUGUAUGAAUUUUGGUGUUUGGCAGUCUGUCUUUUCAAAAUAGUUUCAUUUUUCAAUUAUCCAUCAUUCAAAUAUUCAGCUUAUUUUAACCAAGGCUCUCUCCAUCGUUCAAACAUUCAGCUUACACACUUUAACACAUACACACACACACACACACACACACACACACACACACACACACACACACACACACACACACACACACACACACAGAAGUAAGAUCAGAACAGUCAUUAACAAGAUAGAGAUGCUGUUUUGAAACACAUAUUGCUGUCAAAUAUCCAACUUAAUCUAACCCAAACCUGAUAUUUUUUCUCUGAACUAGUGUAUGACCCAUUUAUUCCUCGACCCAGCCCCCCCCCCCAAACACACUGUGGUAAUAGGUCCACAAUUAAUGCUGCUAGUUCCUUAUUUGGCAUUUGAAUUUAUAAAAAGGGGCGACAAGGUAGCCCUCUGGUCACAGUAUUUGCUCAUCAUGCCAAAGAAACUGGUUUGAUUCCCCACAUGGGUACAAAAUAUUAAGCAGACUUCUGGUGUGCACUGCUAUGAUAUUGCUGGAAUAUUGCUGAGUGUGGAAAACCACAAUCCCCCACUUCAAUUAUGUGUGUACUUGAUCAUGUACCAAAUACCACACACACUCAACUGCUUCGCAUUCUUUUCUGACACUUUUAUAUUUUAUGUUUGGGUACACAAUUUUUAACAUUUUGUAAAUACAAAUGUGUAUGCUAUAAUAAUUGGUUGCUGUUCUGAAGAACAUUUGAUCUACACAAAUUACUGUGAUUGUAAUAUGAAUCUCCUUUACGGACAUUUCUGGUGUCCCCCGCCGUGAUGUUGCUGGAAUAUUGCUAAAAGCGGCGUAAAACUAAACUCAGUCAGUCAGUCAGUCAGUCCUUUACGGAGGUGAGCUGCAGUCCCUAGAAAGUGAUGAGUUGAAGAAUAUUUUGCAAAGUGAAAUUGUGAUGAAGCAAAAUCUUGGAGCAAUGAUUAAGUGGCAUUACUUGGAAUUAUAGUUUCAUAAGUUUCAUUUUUUUUCGAUUCAAAGGGGACACUGAGGUAGCCUAGUGGUUAAAGCGUUCACUUGUCACACUGAAGAGCCUGGUUUGAGCCAUUUCUGGGCCCUUAUUCUUCAAACGUUCGUAGCUCUAAGAAUUCUUAAUUUUGAUUGUAGCCAAUGUGUUAAGAAUGGGUUAAAGAAGUUCGUAGGGCUAUGAAUAUUUGGAGAAUAGCUAGUGGAACACUUUUUAUGGA